AUGAGAGCCUUCCCAGUCAAGUUUGUUGGACUUGCGCUCUACAUCCAUGACCUACAGUCAGGCACAUUGACUCUACUCCACGAAAGGCCCAACAGGAAGCCAAAGGUAUAUGUAUUGAACGAGGAAGAUUUCGAAGACGGCUUGGACGAAAUCGAUGACGAGACCGUGCCAACGCUGGAACCCGGUCUUGAGACAAGCGCCGUAGGACUGAGUCUGCGACUAUGCAAGAACGAUGGAGCUCUCAGAAUAACCUUCGAAGGCGAGCAUGGCGGGGUCGUAGACUGGAAAUUCCAAGGCUUGGAAGGCUCCAAAACGGGCAGCAUGACUGCAUGUGCCUUCACACAAACAAUGCCUGAGGCAUCGCCAGGCUGCAAAAGUGUGGAAGUUAUGCCACCCGAAAUCUCGAUCAGCAGUAUCCGGACAGUGAGCACCGAUCCCAUUCCGCAACGCCUCGUUCAGCCUCUACCGUUAGGUCUCAGCAUCAUAUCGACUGCAGAAACCCGCCCAGUCAAGCCUCCAAUCAAGCCUACGAUCACGCUCAAGCUUCCAAAGGAGAACCCCGAUCUCUUCUCGCCAACUGUCAACAAAGAGAUUGGCCUCAAACGCAAAGCGACAGAGGAAGUCGAGCAGCCGAAGCCACACAAACUCGCAAAGAGUUCACACGACUCUUCACCAUGGCCAUCUCACCUGUACAUGACGUGUUUCCGUACAAAUCCUUUCUCCAAAUGCGAUGUCGGAACAUUGCAUAUCGACUUAGUUGAAGACUGCACCGCACCCGGAUGGCAGACAUGGGGUUCAGACAUAGAAACAAGCGCACCUCCCCGCGAUGUUCUCACAGCCAAGGAGAUAAGAGAGCUCAAAGAGGCCGGCAACAUACGCAAAAUACCAUCGUCUCUCCCCAUCGGGACAACAACAAACAUCCCACCUGCCGUCAUCGUCGAUGCGAUCAUCCACUGCAUUGACCGCACGUCAAAACGUCAACCUGUCCAUGACCCAGACACAGACCACAAGCUGUCAGAAGAUAUAGAGCGCUACAUCAAACUUCGAAGAGACAGGUGUCUGACUUCAAAAGGGCGGGUUGACCUGGAGUUCACAGAAAAUGAAAUCGAGACGAGAAAGGCCCGCAGAGAUGCGUACAGGACUGUGGCGGGCGAGGAAGAAGGUGACAAGAAGGCCAAAAUUGGGGUUUUCUUUUGA